GUCAAAAGAGUGCAAGUGAGAAGAGCAGGCUUUCACGUGUUUUGUACGAAAUCAGUAGUCAAAGAUGAAGCUGUACUGCCUGUCCAGCCACCCCAACCUGCCCUGUCUGGUCCUCAAGUUCAAGUCUGUGACGGUCAUGCUGGACUGCAGCCUUGACCUUGGCACGACCUUCAGGUUCCUGCCCCUCCCCCUCGUGCACAGCUCAAGACUCGCCAAACUCCCCUCCUGGGUGCCUAAAGACGUUGCCGUUGACGACCAAGAAACGCUCAAGGCAUUGAGGAAGGAGCUUAAGGAGUGUGCAGGGCGAGUGUUUGUGGACAGCCCACCUGAAGUGGGGAUACCAGAAGACGGGUUGUUAGACUUGUCCACCGUGGAUGUCAUCCUGGUGUCCAGUUUCCAGUGCAUCCUGGCUCUACCCUACAUCACUGAGUACACCGGAUUCAACGGAAUGAUCUACGCGACGGAGCCGACCGCCCAGAUGGGCCGGCAGCUGAUGGAGGAGCUGGUCCAGCACACGGAGCGGGUUCCCAAGACGCGAGCAGCCUGCAAGUGGAAGGAGCCGGGCGUCUUUAAGACUCUCCCAGCACAGCUGAGAGAUGGGCUGGACCCGGCUGCGCUCAGGCUGUGCUACGGGCUACAUGACAUCAACUCUGCACUGUCUAAGGUGCAGCUUGUUGGAUAUGCUCAGAAGUUGGAUGUGUUUGGAGCUCUACAGAUCAUGCCCCUGAGUUCUGGGUACUGUGUUGGCAGCUGUAACUGGCUCAUCCAGUCUCACUACGAGAAGAUCUCCUACGUCUCCAGCUCCUCGGUACUCACAACACACCCACAGCCCAUGGACCAGGCGCCACUACAAAACACAGAUGUCCUCAUCCUAGCCGGUCUCACCCAGUCCCCAACAGCCAACCCCGACAGCAUGUUAUCCGAGUUCUGUAGCCACCUCGCCGUGACGGUGAAAAACGGGGGGAACGUACUGGUCCCGUGUUACCCGUCCGGCGUGGUGUACGAUCUGUUCGAGUGUUUGGCCGUGUUUCUGGACAGUUCGGGGCUGAUGCAGCUUCCCGUGUAUUUCGUCUCGCCGAUGGCGGACAGCUCGCUGGCUUACUCCAACAUCUUUGCAGAGUGGCUGUGCCAGAGCAAGCAGAGUAAGGUGUACCUCCCAGAGGCUCCCUUUGUCCACGAGGAACUUAAGACCAUCAGUCGUCUUAAGGUGUUCCCCGGCAUCCACGGAGACUUCAGCAGCGAGUUCAAGACGCCUUGUGUCGUGUUCGCCGGACAUCCGACACUACGAUUCGGCGACGCCGUCCACUUCAUGGAGAUGUGGGGUCAGUCCAAGGCGAACACCGUUAUCUUUGUGGAGCCUGAUGUCCCGUACUUAGAGGCACUUGCUCCUUACCAACCGCUGGCCAUGAAGGCAGUACACUGCCCCAUCGACACACGGCUCAGCUUCCAGCAGGCAAACAAGAUCAUCACGGAUCUGAAGCCGCUUCACGUGGUCCUGCCAGAGGCGUACAUCACGCCGCCGCCAUCUUUACCACAGCGGACGGAUCUCGUGCUCGAGGCGGAUCCACCGCCAACGACGUUUCAGCGCGGCGAAGUCUUGUCGCUGCCCAUCAGGAGGAUGUACGAGAAAAUCGAAAUCACGCCAGAGCUCGCCUCAAGCCUGGUUCCGUCAGAGAUACGACAAGGUGUAGCGGUAGCGUCUGUGACAGGAGUCCUGGAAGCGAAGGAUAACAACUACAUCCUGCAGUCUGUACCGAAGCAGCCGACUGCCGGGCCGGGACAGAAACGCAAGAGGGACGACAACGCAGACUUCACUCCGCCUAAACCUCAUGUCUGGGGGGCUGUGCAGGUGGAACAGUUUGUCCAGGACCUAGAGAAGAAUGGAGUGACAGAUGUGAAAGUUGAGGACACACCGUCAGGACACAUCAUACACCUACAGUCUGAGGACACCCUCAUUCAGAUAGAGGACGGAUCCACUCAUAUCUUCUGUGAAGGCAACGAAGACCUCAGGAUCAAGCUUAGGAACAUCCUUCUGAAAUGUCUGUCCAAGUUCUGAGUCUUU